AUGUUCCAAGCAACCUUGGAAGUAUACAAAUUUGGCAGUCAGUUCUGGCAGCAGCUGUGCCUCGAGCACGGUAUCAGCCAGGAUGGGAACCUGGAGGAGUUUGCAACCGAGGGCGGAGACCGCAAGGAUGUUUUCUUCUAUCAAGUGUGUCUGGUCCGCUACCAUGAAGACAAGGGACUAAUGGCCGUCCUGAACGGCAUUCAGACUGGUCCCUAUAAAAACAUCUACAACCCCGAGAACUUCUUCAUUGGACAGCAGGGCGUUGGAGCGGGAAACAACUGGGGCGCUGGAUAUUCUGCCGGAGAGAGCGUACAAGAGGAGGUCUUUGACAUGAUUGAUCGGGAAGCAGACGGAAGUGACUCGCUGGAGGGAUUCAUGCUGCUACAUUCAAUCGCAGGAGGAACGGGCUCCGGGCUGGGUAGUUUCAUCUUGGAACGCAUGAAUGACCGGUUCCCCAAGAAGCUGAUCCAGACGUAUUCCGUCUUCCCCGACGUCUCUGAUGUGGUCGUCAACCCAUACAACAGCUUGCUUACGAUGCGACGAUUGACCCAGGACGCGGACUCCGUGGUAAAGCCGUCGUUCCAGCAAACCAACCAGCUGGUGUCGACGGUCAUGUCGGCCUCGACCACCACGCUUCGAUACCCCGGAUACAUGCACAACGACCUGGCGGGAAUCAUCGCCUCGCUGAUACCUACGCCGCGCAGCCAUUUCCUGCUUACGUCGUACACCCCUUUCACCGGCGACAACAUAGAGCAGGCCAAGACCGUCCGCAAGACCACCGUGCUGGAUGUGAUGCGGCGUCUCCUCCAGCCCAAGAACCGCAUGGUGUCGAUCAACCCCAGCAAGUCGAGCUGCUACAUCAGCAUCCUCAACAUCAUCCAGGGCGAGGCCGACCCCACGGAUGUGCACAAGUCCCUGCUGCGGAUCCGGGAGCGGCGCCUUGCAUCAUUUAUCCCGUGGGGACCAUCCAGCAUCCAGGUGGCACUGACCAAGAAAUCGCCCUACCUCCAACACACACACCGGGUGAGCGGACUCAUGCUCGCCAACCACACCUCCGUCGCCACGCUGUUCAAGCGGAUCGUCCAGCAGUACGACCGCCUGCGCAAACGCAAUGCCUUCCUGGAGCAGUACAAGAAGGAAGCCCCCUUCUCCGACGGGCUGGGCGAGUUCGACGAGGCCCGGGCGGUGGUGAUGGAUCUGGUCGGCGAGUACGAAGCCGCCGAGCGGGAAGACUACCUGGACCCGGAAGCCGGGAAAGAUAAGGAGCUCGGAGGAGCGUGA